UGUGUGUGUGUGUGUGUGUGUGUGUGACUCAGGUGUUUCUGGGUGGAGGCUCUCAGCUGCUGCAGCUCCAACAGGAUCUGAUUCCUCGCUGCUCCGGCCUCCUGUCGUCUUAUUAUCUCCUCAAACACAUCAGCCAGAGCCUUGCCUCCUCUGUGCCCAUGGACAUCAUAGACGCUAACCUGCAGCACCUCACCGUGUUGCAGCUGUCAGACACUCCGGCUCAGUCCUGCAACAGAUCAGUGCUGAGUCCUCAGACGGUGGUGGAGCUCUUCUAUCAGACUGUAGGCAGGAAGGUGAUCAUCUCUCAGAUGUACAGUCAGCAGCAGCAUCAGGGGAACUCUCUGCUGCUCUGGACUCAGAGCAUCUCCAACGUGGUCAACCUGCUGGCUCAGCUGCUUUGGCCCAGUAAUCCUGGUUUCCAGUUCCCCGAGUGUCUGAUGGCCAACUGUCAGUACACACAGCUGCAGGAAUACGUGCGUCUGAUUGGUCCGUGGUGUCAGGUGAACAUCGGCUCGUGUCGCUUCAUGCUGGGUCAGUGUUACCUGGCCAACGGGGAGGGACAGAAGGCUCUGCAGUGUUUCCAGGAAGCAGCGACGGAGGUGGAGAAGGAGGACUUCCUGUUGAGACUGACAGGCAGCGAGGACGAAGACGCUGCUUCCACGCCCAGAUUACAGUACUACAACAAGGUAUUACAGUACUACAACAGGGUAUUACAGUACUACAACAAGGUAUUACAAUAUUACAACCAGUGUUGGGGAAGUUACUUUUAAAAAGUAGUGUUUGCU